CCAAUCACCAAUUCCUACUGCAAAAGCAGCCUCUGCAUUUUUGUCUGUCUGAAUGCUGCUAGCACGGCGAAAAAAAAAAAAACAGUGAGGGGAAGGAAAACUGAAGAAAUGUGAAAAUCCAACGUACUAUUACACGGCGAGCGGAAGUCCUGCGCAAAUGGAGUUAUUCGCAGACUCCUUCGAUGCUACAGACCUCGGAUCAAAAUGCCAAUGCCGAUGAGGACUUCCCUGAGCAGCAUUUGCUGGACAUACAGAAACUCUGCAGUAAACACCUGCUAUCCUCCCUUGUUUUACUAAAACCAUAGGAAAGUGUUUUGUCUUAUGCAUAACGAUAACUCGGAGAGACAGGACGCAGGAGGAGGAAGUUAAUGGUUAGCGCACGGUUCUGAAUAUCAAUGUGCUUUUUACAUACUUCUCUUUCUGUCCUCUCACUUAGUUUGUCUUUUUCUCUUUUUGCUUUCUGCCUCUCCCUCUGUCCCUUUCCUUUUCCUCUGUGGAGUUUUUAAAGAGAUGCUGUCCAGAUCGAAACCUUGUCCUUCCUGAUCUAAAAUAAGCCAACCUUGGGAGCAGAAGGGGAGGGCAUAGCGGCAUGCUCCAGUAGCUUCUGCCUUUCUCACUCUCAGAUGGACAUGGUUUGAUAUUGUUUUCGAAGCUGCUGUGAAUAAAAUAAACGUCUAUACAGAAAAGUAUUAUUACGUGUUCUGAUGGUUUGUAUCAACCUUUAUAUAGUGUUACUUUAAUAUUAGUUAUUUCUAGGGGUGGUGUUAUAACUAAACAUAUAUAUUUUUCUCUUAUUUUUAACUGUAAAUUAUAUAUACAUCAAUAUAUUGCUCUGAAAUGGCUUUAAAGAAUAAUUUCAAAUCGGAGGAAACGUAAUUUCAACCAAACCACGUUUUUGACAAGUUGAUACCACAUAUCAAACCAAGUACAAACAAAAUGUUUAAUGUUAUAAAUACAAUACAGAAAACAGUAGUUUAAACAAUCUAGUUAACAAUAAUCAAGCACAUUUUCCACAGUUUUUGAAUAAUGAAGACGAGGAAUUUAAUCAUUUAGUAUAAUAAACAGCAAUAUUUUCCUGUAUUUUUACUUAUGUGAAACCUUAAAGAUUUAGUGAGCAUUAGCCAUUGUUGUUAUUGCUAUUAAAAAUGUAAAUAAAUACGUUAAUUGAAAUAAAAUCUAAAUAUUGACAAACUUACUUUAAAACUAAAAAACAAAACUUUGCAAAAAAAAAAGAUUUCAAAAAAUAAACAAAAACUAAUAAAAAUGACUAAAGCACAUAGCAAAAUUACUAAAACUUAAACUAAAUUUUGAAAUGAAAACUGAAAAUAUAAAAAUAAAACUAAUUCAAAAUAUUAAUAAAUAUUAUAAUAGUAUAUAAAUAAUAUGACAUUGACAGUUUUGUAGCGGUGACACAAAUUAACCAUUGAAUCAGAGAUAUGAGUUCAAUGCGUAAAAUCAGUAAAUCAGACCGUUAAUGGCCAAAUAAAACCACAUUAAAAUAGUUAUUAUAAGUCGUAUUAUUGCAACAUGCACAAUUUUGCUUGUUGCAGUUACCGCCUUGCAAGUGCUUCUUUGUAGAAAUGCAAAUCUAGUUACUAGCUAAAUUGUUUAUUCUUGUUCUGUUUUCAAAGUUGAUAUACAUAAUUGGUCUGUUAAUUUGAAAAUUUGCUAAUGAAUUGUAAAAUUAAUGCGUAUUUUCUCCUGUCUUAUCUCACAGUGGAGAGGAGUACUGCUAAGUUCUUUCUGCUGGAGGAUGCAGCGCUGCACUUUACUCGUUUAAUGGACAGGCAUCUCUACCAGCCUCACUUGUGCGACGUGGACCUCGUGCUGGUGUCCCACUGUACGUUUUCCGCCCACAAGGACGUGCUGGGUGACCACAUCCCCUACUUCCAGGCCCUCCUCUCCCAGAGUCCACCGCUGCACCGCAUAAACCUGGCCUUUGAGUUGCUAAGUAUCCAAAUCCUCAACAUCCUCUAUAUCUCCAUCUUUGAAGUCCUCCAAGUGGCCAUUGUGCUCCAGAUGAGUUCCUGCCACAAGCUACUUGGGUCCAAUGAGAUGGCAGACACAGACAGGCAGGGUACUGCCUCGUCCAAUCAGAUGUACAAGAUGAAGGAGCUUGAGAAGAUGUACACCCAACAAGGAAAUGGUACAUUCUCAUUGCUUGACAGUGGGGUCGUUAGGGAAGUUACACAGACACAUUCAUCUAGUGUCCACUCCAGCCUUCAAGCCAAACACUUCUACAAAAAAGAUGACAGUGGAGGGGGAGUGGCUAGUGGAGGGGGGCGGAGCUUGUGCACGAUGGAGGGAGGAGCCGGUCUAAAUGAAGGGGGAUCCCAGGAUAGUUCUGUCGCCUUUAACAGAGAGCAGAUUAUCGUGGAGGUCAACCUCAAUAACCAGACUUUGAAUGUUUCUAAAGGGUCCGAUGGCAAGGGUGUCACCUCAAGUACCUCAUCCCUCCUCGUUCACCGUCACACCAAUCUUCCCAGUGCGGUGGAGGGUAAGGAACAAGACGAUAAUGAAGAUGUUGUCGAGGAUGAAGAAGAAGAGUAUGAGCACAGAAAGGAAGGGAUGGAAAAUUGCAGCGAGGACGAUGAGGAUGAAGAAGAGAAUGAUCUCGACAUUCCAAAAACAGGACGCACUAGCGUGGAAAGACGGCAUGCCACGAGAAUAGCAACAGACCCCAUCGACAUGAGACAAACACUAAUUGACUCUACACUAGGGGAGGGGAGGAAGAGGAGUAAAGAGCAGGAGAGUCUGGGGCAGAAGGUGAAGCUGGAAGAAAAGCAGCACUUUUCUUGCAAGAAGUGCCCUCGUAUUUUUAACAACCGCUGGUACUUGGAGAAGCACAUGAACGUCACCCACAACCGCAUGCAGAUCUGCAAUAAAUGCGGCAAGCGCUUUUUACUGGAGAGCGAGUUGCUGCUUCACCAUCAGACAAACUGUGAGAAAAACAUACAGUGCGUGACUUGUGGAAAAGCCUUUAAAAAGCUGUGGUCUUUACACGAACACAACAAGAUUGUCCACGGAUAUGCUGAGAAGAAGUUCUCUUGUGAAAUCUGUGAAAAGAAGUUCUACACCAUGGCACAUGUCCGGAAACACAUGGUUGCUCACACUAAGGACAUGCCGUUCACUUGUGAAACGUGUGGGAAAUCCUUCAAACGCAGCAUGUCUCUUAAAGUGCACUCUCUUCAGCACUCUGGAGAAAAGCCCUUCAAGUGUGAGAACUGCAGUGAAAGAUUCCAGUACAAAUACCAGCUGAGGUCACACAUGAGCAUCCAUAUCGGACACAAGCAGUUCAUGUGCCAGUGGUGUGGGAAAGACUUCAACAUGAAGCAGUACUUUGAUGAACACAUGAAGACCCACACUGGAGAGAAACCAUAUAUCUGUGAGAUCUGUGGAAAGAGCUUCACGAGCCGGCCCAACAUGAAACGGCACCGCCGCACUCACACUGGCGAGAAGCCGUACCCCUGUGACGUCUGCGGACAGCGUUUCCGCUUCUCCAACAUGCUCAAAGCCCACAAAGAGAAGUGCUUCCAGGUCAGCAACCCCAUGGUAUCUGAUACCACCAACCUUGUGGACCUGGACCCUACGUCAACUGAUAUGGACACGCCGGCCAGUCAGUUACCCAGCCACCCUGUCACCCCUCCCGGUGAGGCGUCCAGUCUCCACCAGGUCAAGUCGCUCUCGCUACCCUUUGUUCACUCAAUCGUAGGUCUUCCAUCUCCCCCGGGCCUGUUUUCCACUGAAAGGAUUAACUCUGGUAACAACUAGUUUUGAAUAUGAGGUUGAAGUUACUUUUGAUUGUUUCUUGUCUAAAACCCAAAGCUAGAAGUAGCUCCCCAUGAGCUUUUUGAUUCGCAUCCAAUGUGAAUCACUCUCAUAGGGGUUUCCAAACAUGCUGAGUGAGGUCUAAGACUUCCAGCAGAUGUUUGAACAGUGUGUGACACUGAAUAUUCCUUUUAAACUGUGCAAAUUUUCACUUAUCUUAUUCUCAUAGAGAUAUUUUAUAUACUGUUCAAAUAAGCUUCUCGUAUGACAGAAAGAAAACAAAUGUUCUCAUUAUUUUUGUUGUUGUUUAAUGCAUUUUUCGUGAGCUACAGGAUUAGCAUAUAGUAUCGCAUUUCCGCAUUUCACAUGCUCUUGCCAUAGACUUUAAGCUUUGCCAGUUUAGUCUAACAGGUUGAGAUUCUCAUUAGCUGCCGUACGAAAUAUAGAUACGUACUGAACUCACAGCAGAGGGCGCUGUGGGACAUGAGAAUUGCGAAGUUUCGGAACAGCUCUUCAGCCAAUAAGCAUGUAGCAGCUGAGUCCCCCUGCCAUAACCAAAUCCAGAUGUAUUGCAGUAACCAAAUCCUGUUAGCUUAUAUGGUAUUACUGAAUAUGAAAUGUAUAAUCACUCCAGCACCUUAUUUUUAAUCAUAGAUGUAUUUAUAUUGUCCGGUCUUCUUCGUAUUCUGAAAGUUUAAAGCUUUGCCACAUGGUCUCUUCUGCGUAUUUGCAGAGGUUUGUCUGUGCAGGGCACAGGUGGGACGAAUGGUUUGUGUCAAAGGUUAUAUGUAGCAGAGGCACUUGAGAAUAAUCAAUGUUUGAUGCUUAAAGGAGUAAUUCACCCAAAAAUGAAAAUUUGCUGAGAAUUUACUCACAAUCAGGCCAUCUAAGAUGUAGAUGAGUUUGUUUUGGAGAAAUUUAGCUUUACAUCACUUGCUCACCAAUGGGUCCUCUGUAGUGAAUGGGUGCCGUCAAUCCAAACAGUAAUCCACAUGAUUUCAGUUCAUCAAGUAAUGCCUUCUGAAGUGAAAACUGUGUUUGUAAGAAACAAAUCCAUCAUUAAGGCUUUUUAACUUUAAAUUGUUGCUUCUGGCAAAAAUACCAGUCCAUAAUCCAUAAUAAUACUUCGCCCAGUGAAAAAGUCCAUCCCCUGUUGUCCUCACACACUAAAUUCAACAACAUAUUUGUUUAAAACCUUUUGCUUGAUCUGUGCAUAUUUCUCUCCUGAUUCUGGCGAGAUGGAUUUUUUGCUGGAGACAUAGAGGACUUAUAUUUUAGCCAAAAAUAAAUAUUUUAAGGGUCUCAUUCUGACGGCACCCAUUCACUGCAGAGGAUCCACUGGUGUGCAAGUGACGAAAUGCAAAACGUCUUCAGAUCUGUUCAGAUGAAGAAACAAACUCAUUUGCUUCCUGGAUGGCCUGUGGGUGUGUAAAUUUUAGCAAAUUAAAAAAUGUUUUGGCGAACUGCUAUUUGAAGAAACUUAUUAUUUUCAGAAAAUCCCAAAGAAGGAUUUUUUUUUUCUUCUUCUUCUUCUUUCUCUCUGUUUUUUUUUUUUUUUUAUUUCCAGAGCACUUUACUCUCAGUGUUGGCCAUAUGUGUAAUGGCAAAAUCUGAAAGGCCUAAACCACUUGUGAAGAAAAGAGUGUGAAAAGGAGUGUUUUUUUAUUUGCACGGAGGCAAUAUCAAUUCUGGAUGAACACCAGGGUGUGUUUGGUUCAAAAAUAUUUUUGUGUUGAAUGUCUUAAAUGCUUUUUGGUACAUCGAGCAGGUUUAUCAGUUUAGUUUUUUUUUACAUCAAUUUAUUAGUCACCAUUAAUGCUUUCAUUAAUAUAUUUUUUUCACUUUACACUAUUUUUCGAUGGCUUUGAAUGACAUGAAUAGCCUGAAUAACUUGUGGAAAAUUGAUUAGCUAAAUGAUGAAAAUCAUGUUUUUGUUUUGUGCCCUAAAAAUGUAAUUAUGUAGCAAACUAUUAGACUGGCCUUUUGGGACUCAUGUACACUGUAAGAUGGUCCUGUUAAGAGGCCACAUAGAAUAUAAAAAGAGUUUAUAGAAAAGAAAAAAAAAUCCUUACCCAAUGUCAGAGGAUUAUAUAGACAAAAUAUAGUUCAAGAAAACUCUAACAACUCUAGGAGCAGUAAAAUGUAGUAUUAUAAUAGGUAUUAUCCAAUAUAUAUUUAUAUAUAUUUACAUACACACACCCACACAAACAUAUAUAUGAUACAUAUAUAAACAUACAUAGUCUGUAAAUAAAUUCUGUGUUUCCUGUCAGUUUUUGUUUAAUCAGUUUUCUUUGUUUACAUUCUUUAUAGAGUCAAAUGAAUGUGAUGAGAUGUAGAGGUCAGCAUUCAUGAAAGAACUUGCAAGAUGGAAAUAAGCUUAAAUAUGAGGAAUAAGCUCUAAAUUUGACCUUGCAUCUUAAAUCUUACCUUACAUUGUUCUCAGUACAUCAGUCAUGUUCCUGGGUUAAGAAAACUCCGCUUAAUGCAGGUUAUGGCAAGUGUUUUUAAAUGGUAUGUGUUUUUUUAAGAAGUUUUUGAAAGUCCCGGUAGAAUGGUCCUUUAAAGGGAUAGUUCACCAAUAUGUAAAUUCUGUUAACAUUUACUUAUCCUCAUAUCGUUUGAAAAUCAUAUUCAUUUAUUUUUUCACAAACGGCGCUAUUAAUUACGGAAGAACAUUUCUUCCAUGGAAUAAAAAGCAGUUAAAAAGCAAUAACCUUUUUUUUUUUUAUCCUUUUAUUCUGUGGUGGAAACAGGCUUCCAUAAUUAUGGCUUCCAGAAUAUUCAAGCUCCUGCAUAAGUAAAUGAUGAGAGAAUUUAGAUUUUUGGCUACAGUAUCCCUUUAAGGUUGGAAUGUAAUUGUAGAAGUUCUAGAAUCAUUAUUAAAAAGCAGCGCUGACUGAACUCACAUAACAUACUAAUUUUUAAGCAAUAAGACCCACAGUAAUUGUCAGUAUUCUGCAUUGAUCAAUAUGUUCAUCUCUGUAACUGAAAGCCAGUUUGUCAGUCAUAACCAGCUCAAUAUAGAGGCAUUAUAACAAACCUGCCUUGAGUGUGUGAUGGAAUAGAGUUGCCAUGAUCAUGAAUGUGUAGGUUGAAAUUACGGUGGCAUGAUUGAAGUUGAUGGUGAUCUGAGCAGAGACCAUCACCAGGAGGACUUUAGAAAGGACAUUUUGUAUUUGGUAGAAAUCCUGCAAUAAUGUUAUGCCAGAUGAUAAUUGUUCAAGCCACGGAUCGAAUCCUGUUGUUGGUGUUCUUUACAUGUUUUUCAAUGUCAUAUUGCACCUUAUACUAAAACACUGAGGAUGCAUGUUUCGGAACAUAUUUUAUCUCAUUUUUCUUUUCGACAUAUUUAAAUAUUAAAAACUUCCCCGAAGCAUUUUCUAAGAUGUAUUAUGGUCUUAUCACAAGUUGAAUUACCACAGAAUUCCGUUUUUACUGAAUUUUUGUGUGCACUUUAUUUAAAUUAUUAAAAUUGUGGUACGACACAAGUUGUGUUAAAAAGAUUAUAAAGAACAUACUGCUGAAGGCUUUUUGUUAUGCCCAUUUUUUUCCUUAAUUUCUUUCUUUCUUUGUUAAAGUCUUAUAUUUUAUGUGAAGUGAAAUUGCACAGAGGUAAAUAAACCUCCAUCUCUGAAAAUAUGGUAGUAAGUAAAAGGCCAUUUGAAGAGUUGAAUGAUUUGAUUUUGUGCAUCUGAAAGAACAUGUUUCUCUCACAGGUUGUGAGGGAGAGUAAAAGGUGGAAGUCUUUAAAACUUCUUUUUUGUAUUUUGCAUACUUUACUAGCAUGUAUUCCUAGUUUGCUGCUUAUUGAGAAAGAUUUGGGAUGUUUGUGGCCUUCUUGGUUUUUUUUUUUUUGUUUUGUUUUUUAAAUAUGUAUAUUUAAGUGAUUUUGGAAAGAAAGAAGGAUUUGUCUGUUAUUUUAGUUUGUUCUGGUGUGUGCUAUCCUUUGUAAUAAAUAAUAAGUGAUAGCGAAAGAUGAUUUGCACUUCAGAGUUUGGGUAGUUUUUCUUAUUGUCUGUUUAAGAUUUUAAAGGAACCACUCACAAUCUUAAAAAGACAUUUUGAAACCAAAUUCAAAAAAAAAAAUUUCUAACAUGUAAUACUUAAACCCAUACUUUCAAUGUAUUAAGCCAAUCAUGAGUGUGACUGUUCCUACGUUUUAAUUCUACAUGUCUUAGUUAAGUUUGUGUACAUGCAGUUGGCAGUCAUGCUGGUUCUGUCAGCAGGAUACUAUACAAUACAAGGACUAGAGUCUAGCGGUGCUAAUAAAAUGAGGCUGUAUUUUAUGUCAUUUAUUGUACUGGGUAGUAUUUAUUGUCUGUAAUAAAACAAAAUAAAAUAAUAAUUUCAAUAGUGAACUAAAUGAAACAUGA